AUGUAAUAAUAAGGACAAGGUAGUACCAUUUAAGAUUUCAAUGUCCUCGAGAAACUUGGAGAAGGAUCCUUCUCUUCUGUUUACAAGGUAUAAAGGAAAUCAGAUGGUCAAUAUUACGCUAUGAAAAAAGUCGUUAUAUCUCAACAGUCUUAUAAGGAGAGAGAGAACGCCUUAAAUGAAAUUCGUAUACUGGCUUCACUUGAUUCUCCUUAUAUCGUCGAAUUCAAGGAUUCCUUUCUGGAUUCUGAAGGAAAAACACUGUAUGUAAUAAUGGAAUUUGCAUCUGGCGGAGACCUAAAUAGUUUGUUGAAGCAAGGCAAGAUCAAAGGAGGAGUGGAAGAGGCUGAAAUAUGGAAAGUCUUAACUUAAAUAACUAUAGGAGUUAAAGUGUUGCAUGACAACAACAUCUUGCAUCGAGAUUUAAAAUUGGCAAAUGUCUUUAUUGGUAAAUCUCCAGAAGGAAACAUAUACAAAAUUGGAGAUCUUAAUAUCAGCAAAGUCACUCAUGGAGCCAAUGCUCGAACCUAAGCAGGAACCCCAUAUUACGCAUCUCCAGAAGUCUGGAAAGGAGAACAGUAUUCUUGGCCAUGCGAUAUCUGGUCUAUUGGUUGCAUCAUCUAUGAACUAGCAGCCUAGUAACCUCCAUUUAGAGCAGCUGAUCUUCAAUCCCUUAGUAGAAGAAUUCAGACUGGUGUUUAUGAUCCGAUUCCAGGCAAAUACAGCAAAGAUUUAUCUGAAGUUAUUAAAUUGUUGUUGCAGGUCAAUCCUCGCAGCAGACCAAGUUGUGAUACAAUUCUAAAAAACCCUUUAGUUAUAAAAAAGAGUGGUGCUUUAUUAGUUGAGGAGGAAGUUGGAGGCAAAAAAAUGGCUAAACUCUUGCAAACCAUUAAAUUACCAUACAAUUUAAAAUAAUUGAAAGGCAAUCUUCCUAAGGCUAACUAUGAGAAUAAAAUCAAAAGAUCAAAUUCAUAAUCUGGAAUCAGAGUGAAUACUGAUAUCAGCUAAACUCCUUAACCUAUUAGAAAACAACCUGAAGAUGUAAAGCCUCCUCAACAAUUGUAAAGACCUCCCUAACCAUAACCAUAAUCGUAAUAAGUUAACAAGCCUCCUCUUUUAAAACCUCCCAUGGCUUAACCACCAAAACCAUAACAAGUUCAGACUCCUCAAUAACUUUAUAGCAAAGUUUAAUAAUAGGAAUAGAGAUUACUUGGACAAUAAAAAUAUCCCUAUGUUCCAUAUUAACAAUAAUAAUAGAUUACUCCUAGAGAUUCUUCUCCAAGACGAGGCUAAUACCAGAAUUAAUAUAAUAUGGUUGCUGGUAUGCCCUCUGGGAUGAGAAGACAGAAUAGUGCUGGCCCUAUUGGAAGAAGAUGA